AAAAACACCAAUGAAACCAAAGAAAAAUUAAGAAUUGAUGCAUGUAAAAUACAUCAACAGUUAGCUAAUUUAAAAAUAAAAAACAUUUCCAUAAAUGUUAUCAAUAAAAUAGAAAUUAAAUUCAUCAAAGCUUUUGUCGAAGGUUUUGAGCUAUCUCAAUAUCAAUUUGAUAAAUAUAAAAAACAAAAAAAUGAAGAAAUUACGCUUUUCGCACCCAAUAAUUUAUUGCCAAAAAACAUUCUACAAGAAAUAAAAUCUAUCAUUGAUGCUGUAAAAAUCACUAAAGACUUAGUGAACGAACCACAUAAUUUUUUAAAUACCAUUCAAUUCUCAAACGAACUCAAUAAAAUCUUUCAGAAUACCACAGUAAAGCAUACAUUCUGGAAUCAAGCCAAAAUACAAAAAGAAAAAAUGGGUGGCAUUCUUGCUGUUAAUCAAGGUAGCAUUGCUCCAGCCUAUUUUCAUAUAUUGGAAUAUAAACCAACACAGUCCAAAAACACCAAACCAAUUGUAUUUGUUGGUAAAGGCGUAAUGUACGACACAGGUGGACUUUCUAUCAAACCAACACCCAAUAGCAUGGAUUUAAUGAAAUGUGAUAUGGCUGGUGCCGCCACUGUUGUUGGUGCUAUUCACGCUAUGGCUAAAAUGAACUUGCCUUUUCAUAUUGUUGGACUGAUUCCAAGUGUAGAAAAUAAAGUGAGUGUCUCUGCUAUUUGUCCCGGAGACAUCAUUACCAUGUACGAUGGCACCACUGUAGAAGUAAUGAACACAGAUGCAGAAGGUAGACUAAUUCUUGCAGAUGCCUUACAUUAUGCCAAAAGAUUAGAACCAGAAUUAGUAAUAGAUUUAGCCACACUAACUGGAGCUGCCAUACGUGCAGUAGGCAAAGAAGCUGGCGUAGCAAUGAGUACUGCAGACAAAAAAACCAACAAAAAACUAGAAAAAGCUGGCUAUAAAACUGCUGAAAGAUUAGUGUAUUUUCCAUUAUGGAAAGAAUACAAAGAAUAUAUAAAAUCUGAUAUUGCAGAACUUAAAAAUAUAGGUGGUGCAGAUGCCGGAAGUAUUACAGCAGAGGAAAAUUUGCAACAGCGUUUGGUGUCAGAUUAUUGUGUAAAUUUG